AUGAAACCAGCUCUCAAGAUGAUCACUUUAAUCUCCUUCCAAUCAUCUGGUAAUUCCACAAAGGAAAUUUCAAAGAAUUUGAAGCAAGUAUUGUACAAUGUAGUUCCAUACCUCAAGGAACAUGCCAAGAAGGGUGGAAAAUUGAACAUUUUACAAGUAACACCCCUCAUCAAGGAAGGUGUUAAGGAUAUGAUAAUCAGAGAUACCAAAUUAAUGGGAAGCACCUUUAGAAAGAAUAUGUGGAAUUUAAUAACAAAGCUCAACAAACACAUCUUUGAGAAUCCAACCUCUUUCAAAAUGGAGGGAUUAAAGUUGCCAUUCAGCAUGUUGAAGAAGAUGAAUAAGACAAUCAAAUCUAUUAGAAAGAUUGACGAUUUUGAUAUGCUUGCUGAUUCUCUUUAG